GAGCCAGCCGGUGACCUGCCAGCAUCGCAGCACGGGCACAUCAUUUGCCGGGAGUAAAUCCUCCCUUCUCCCUCUUAUCUGCGCCGGAAAAAGGCGAGAUCAAGAUAAAAAUUAAAAUAUAUUAUUAAAAAAAAUAUAGUUUGUUUUUUUUUAACAGCAGGGCUGGCAGGAGAAAAUCGGGGAGAGGCCAGGUGCGCAGGGCCGCCUCUCCGCCGGCGGCGGGCGGUGCAUGAGGAGCUCGGCCGGGCGCCGCCGCCAUGGAGCACAUCCGGAUGCCCAAGGUGGAAAAUGUUCGGUUACUUGAUCGUUUAUCUUCAAGGAAAGCUGUUCUGGGAACCUUGUAUUUAACAGCUACCCAUGUCAUAUUUGUGGAGAAUGGUUCUGAAACCCGUAAAGAAACCUGGGUUCUCCACAGCCAAAUUUCCUCUAUUGAGAAGCAGGCCACCACUGCCACUGGUUGCCCAUUGCUGAUUCGCUGCAAGAACUUCCAGGUCAUCCAGCUGGUCAUCCCUCAGGAACGAGACUGCCAUGACAUUUACAUAUCUCUGAUCCGUCUGGCACGGCCAGUGAAAUAUGAAGAGCUGUAUUGCUUCUCAUUCAAUCCAAAAUUAGAUAAAGAAGAACGAGAACAAGGCUGGAAACUUAUGGACCUCAAUGAAGAAUAUAAUCGGAUGGGCGUUCCAAACAACUAUUGGCAAAUUUGUGAUGUAAACAGAGACUACGGAGUCUGUGACUCCUAUCCUACAGAAGUGUAUGUACCAAAAUCUGCAACUGCACACAUCAUAGUGGGGAGUUCUAAAUUUCGGAGCCGAAGGCGUUUCCCAGCUCUUUCCUACUACUGCAAGGAUAACAAUGCCUCCAUAUGUAGAAGCAGCCAGCCUUUAUCUGGCUUUAGUGCUCGGUGCCUUGAGGACGAACAGAUGCUCCAGGCCAUUAGAAAAGCAAAUCCAGGAAGUGAUUUCAUAUACGUUGUUGACACUCGGCCCAAACUCAAUGCAAUGGCAAACAGAGCAGCAGGGAAGGGAUAUGAAAAUGAGGACAACUACUCCAACAUCAAGUUUCAAUUCAUAGGCAUUGAGAACAUCCAUGUCAUGAGAAAUAGUUUGCAGAAAAUGCUUGAAGCUUAUUUUGCAGUUUGUGAGCUGAAAUCACCUUCAAUGAGUGACUUCCUAUGGGGCCUAGAAAAUUCUGGCUGGCUGAAGCAUAUCAAAGCCAUUAUGGAUGCUGGCAUUUUUAUUGCAAAGGCUGUGGCUGAGGAAGGUGUGAGUGUGCUUGUUCACUGCUCUGAUGGCUGGGAUAGGACAGCCCAGGUUUGCUCUGUAGCAAGCCUUCUAUUGGAUCCAUAUUACAGAACUAUGAAGGGAUUCAUGGUGUUAAUUGAAAAAGAUUGGGUUUCCUUUGGUCACAAAUUUAACCACAGGUAUGGCAAUUUAGAUGGCGAUCCAAAGGAGAUAUCACCUGUUAUUGACCAGUUCAUUGAAUGUGUUUGGCAAUUAAUGGAACAGUUUCCUUGUGCCUUUGAAUUCAAUGAGAGAUUCCUCAUCCACAUACAGCAUCAUAUCUAUUCUUGCCAAUUUGGGAAUUUCCUGUGUAACAGCCAGAAGGAGAGACGAGAGCUGAAAAUCCAAGAUCGAACAUAUUCGUUAUGGGCUCACUUGUGGAAAAAUCGUGCUGAUUACCUGAAUCCUUUAUACAGGUCAGACCACAGUCAAAACCAAGGGACCCUGCACCCACAGAUAGCUCCAUGCAACUUCUUGUACAAGUUCUGGAGUGGUAUGUACAACCGCUUUGAAAAGGGGCUGCAUCCUCGACAGUCAGUUACUGAUUAUCUGAUGGCAGUGAAGGAAGAAACUCAGCAGCUGGAAGAAGAGCUGGAGGUCUUAGGAGAGCGAUUGGCGAAUCUUCAGAAAUCACAAUUAGGUGCUAAUAAAGUCAAGAGUAAGCAAGAAGACCGAAGCAAACAGUUAAGGCUGUCUACUUCCAACAAUAGCUUAGCUAACACUCCCCAGGAAUAUAGCAACGAUCUGAAGUCAUUCCCAUCCCGGAGUCCUUCACAAGGGGAUGAAGAAGAUUCUGCCCUGAUUUUGACACAGGACAACCUGAAAAGUUCUGAUCCUGACCUCUCAGCCAACAGUGAUCAGGAGUCUGGUGUGGAGGACUUAAGCUGUAGGUCCCCAAGUGGGGGUGGCUGCUUGCCUAGUGAAGACAGUGGCAAGGACUCUGAUGAGGCUGUAUUUCUGGCGGGCUGAAACACCUUCACGGCAGCAAGGAUCCAGAUGAA